UGCCCCCCCCGCCCGACUCAUGAGAUGAGUGACGCCCAAGAUCCUGCCACAGUCCCUGUCCCUGCGGUUGGCACCCAGGUGAAGCUGAGGGGCCGGAGCAGUCAAGAUGAGGGCAGAGAGUCUUUCCAUUUCCACCAGCACCAGGAACUCCAGGCCUUCCUCAGCCUUCUGGAGCACAGUUACCUCCAGGAUUUCCUCUCCAAAGAUCCCUGUUUCCAGAUUUCAGAUAAGUAUCUCCUGGCCAUGGUGCUGGUCUACUUCCGACGUGCCAACCUGAAGCUCAGCGAGUACACCCUCAGCAAUCUGUUCCUGGCACUGUACCUUGCAAAUGACAUGGAAGAAGACCUGGAGGACCCCAAAUGCGUGAUUUUUCCCUGGGCCCUGGGCCGAGAUUGGCAUCAUCGAGUGUCAUACUUCCUGCAGCAAAGGACCAAGCUGUGGGCACGUAUGGGCUUCAGGGCCUUUGUGAGCCGCCAGAGCUGUGAGGAGGUCAUGACCAAGGAGCCAACCCACUGGGCCUGGACUCGGGAGCGGCGCCCCCACCACGGCAGGGCUCAAAGGAGCUACCCGAAGGCCCAGAUCCCCCUCCCCCGGGGCCCAGGCCUCUCACCACCCCACUGUCCCCUCUGUGGCAUGCCUCCUCAAUGCAGCCACUGCUGCCACCAGUCCCGCCCCUUGCCUAUCUCAUCCAAAUGCCCUUCCCCAAACCCUGGGCAGCGCCGCCCUCCCUUCCAAGCUAGCGUCUCAGUGGCUGAAGACCAAUGGGGCGGGGGCUUCCUCAUUGUCCUGCCCACCCAGCUGCGACUGGAGCCAGGCACCUACACCCUCCGCAGUGAGCUGGGGCUGGGAGCUGGGGGGGCAGGUGUGGGGCCCAACAGAAUGGGAAGGAGGGACGUGGGGCCCGGGGUCCAGCAGGCCUGGGCACGUGACCCAGCUCUGCCACCUCCUAGCAUGUGAGCUUGGCAAGCGUCCUCUGAGCCUCUGCCCUUCUCCCCCCCAGUCCUCUCAAAGCCGCUGCUGUGCCCUCGGCGCUGACACUCCAAGGGUGAAGAACAGCCUGCUGACCUGAUGUUCUACUGGCCGUGGCCCCACGCCCCGGCCUCCUCCAGUCUUCUUGGCCUCAGGCUGGCAGGACUGCCCAUGCUCCGCGGCCCUCUCCUCUCAACCUGCCACCUGUACCCACUGUGACCUGGCUCCUCUAAUAAACUCAUGUCCACAGGA